UAUUUUGUUUGGUUUUUCCGAGUGAGGAGCACGUUCAAUGCUUCGCAGUUUAGGAACUUGAGUAUUUCUUGCAUUUCGGUUUUGGAUUUACGUUGGUAAUUUCUUAUAAUGUUGCAUUCUUUAUAAAGGUUAGUUGCGGAAGUGAAUGGAGUAAGGCAAUUGGAAAACGUGUAAUAUAACUGCCGUUGAAAUUGUAUGUAUCGUGUGCGUGUGUGUGCAAAAUUGCAAUGCUUAUCGAAUUAGCUUGAUUUUCCAACAACAUAACUGGAAAAAUUAAAAUCAACUGUAGCUUAUGUAUGCAUCAAUGAUUGCAUGGAUAUACGGAUAUUUCUUCUAUGUACAAGAGACAAAGUGAUACGAAGAUGACGCAGACCGGCAGCACAGAGUUUAACAAGACGACAACUGCCGCUGCGGCUGCCGCCACUUGCUGCUCCUCAGAUGUGCUGCUUAACAACUUCCAGCUGAAAAAGAAGAGCUACCGCGUGCUGCUCCAUGGUCAGAGGUUGGUUUGGGAGCGCAUGCAGCGCCAGUCAAAGGAGAAACAGUCGCGCCAGAACGAGCCGCAAAAGAGACCGCUUCCCGAGGAUUCUGUAUACGAGCAACAACUGGCUGGCGAUGGCACUUGCAGCUAUGGCCCGCACAGCCACAUUCUGCACUUAGAUGACAUCAUUAGCGUAUGUUCUGGCGACACCAAACACGAAAGCCGACAGCCCCCUUCUAACCAAAAUAUGCAUCAUGGCGAUGGGGAUAUGAAGCCCACAGCACAAUUUUUGACAGUCAAUUAUGCAGAACGUCUGAGCAAAUCGAAAUCGGACUGCAAUCGCUGGCAGCUACGACGCAUCACCUUUUAUAAUGCAGAUGCGUACAUAGUGCGUCAAUGGCAUUUGCAGCUACAGGCACGCUUAAAGUCCUCGCCCGUUGGAGGGCAGCGUGUGCAACGCCUGCUGGUUUUCAUCAAUCCAUUUGGGGGGCGCAAGGCAGGCACACAAACCUACGAGCGUUUAGUACGACCGCUUUUUCAGCUGGCCGGCAUCGAUGUCACCUGCAUAACCACCCAGCGUGCCAAUCAAAUCCGCGAUAUACUGCUCACUCACGAUCUUAGCUGCUAUGAUGCCGUAUGCUGUGUGGGCGGUGAUGGUACAGUGGCCGAGGUCAUAAAUGGUCUUGUGUUUCGGCGCAUGCGAGAAUUGGGCUUGGAUGAGCAGAGACCAGCCUAUAUACCACGUCCCAGCCUGCCUGUGGCUGUGAUACCAGCGGGCAGCACUGAUACUAUUGUCUAUAGCAUGCACGGCACGGCUGAUGUACGGACUGCGGCCAUUCACGUGCUGCUCGGCCAGAGGCGCGGCCUCGACGUCUGCAGUGUGAGCAAUAAACGCACCCUUCUGAGGUUCUGUGCCAGUGUGCUGAGCUAUGGGUAUCUGGGCGAUGUAGCCGCCGAGAGCGAACAAUACCGCUGGAUGGGAACACGGCGCUACGAGUAUAGCGGCAUCAAGGCGUUUAUUAACAAUCGUGGCUAUGACGCGGAGCUGCAACUGCUCGAGGAGCCCACAGAGCCGGAAACGCCACAGAGCCCGGUCAGUGUUCACGCUGACUCUGCCUCCGUGUGUUAUGCAAAUUGCCAGCGCUGCAGCAUAGCUAGUUCCCUACAGGAGCAACGCCCUGCGUUGUUUGCCACUGAUAUAGAAAGAAGGGAAGAGCGACAACUACACCCAGAUCAGCACGAGCAGCUGCACCCACAGCAGGAAUCACAGAUAAAUCUGCCUGUCGGUGUGUCCGUUAUGUCAAAUUGUGAACUGCAGCUAAACACAAGCGAAACGGCAUUGUUGCGCCCGCGACCGAUACGUCCGGUCAAUCUACCGUUGCAGCCCGGCGGCUCGUAUGGCUCCAACCUAAACCUGCCGGGCGACCUGCAGUGGAAGAUUAUUCGUGGAAAUUUCUUUAUGAUUUGCGGCGCCAACAUCACAUGUGCCUGUGCCCGCAGCCCCAAUGGCAUCUCGCGCUAUAGUCAUCUAGGCGAUGGCUGCCUUGAUCUGAUCCUAGUACGGAAAACUUCGUUGCUCAACAAUGUGCGGUUUUUGUUAAAUACUGCAGGCCGAGCAGGCGAUAUUCGCAACCUACCUUUUGUGGAAGUCUACCGGACUCGUAAGUUCAUUUUUCGUACAUUGACAGCGGUCACAACGGAGGAAAACCUUAGUAUUGCCGGUUCACGCUCACCAAUUGCCCAAAGCGGCAAUGACACGGUCAGUUCGGAGUUUUCUAGCUGGAAUUGUGAUGGAGAGGUUGUCACCGAUCUAGAUAUAACAAUGAGCUCCCAUUGCCAGCUUAUAGAUGUUUUUAUGCGUGGUCCACAUUCCUAUAGUAAGCCUCAAAAGGCAGGCGUAAGCGCGCCCACAACCCCCGCCAGCUCAAGCGAUAAUGUGUAUUGUUGUUGCAAGGAUUAGUAAUUUAUAGGCAAAGCUUUAAUUUAGUAAGAUACUAAAAAUUGGCCGUGACACUAGCAUGUAAUGUAGACUAUUUUACUAUUGCAUAAUCGAGAAAUUUUUAUAUAUUAUGUAUGUUAAAUGUUUUUAGUAGUUAGCGAACUGUACUCU